GUGUCAGAGAGAGAGAGGGAGAGAGAGCUGUAAGCCAGCGCAGGCUCGCCUUGCUUCUCCUCCGAUGACUACACCCGAGAGGAGGAGCGUGAGGCGCGUAGUGGGCGUCAGAAUCCUCAAUUUCCAACUUAGCAUCCUGGCAGGACACUCUCCGGAGCAAAAGCCCCGUCCGAAAAGCAGCUCCGUUCAAAAAAACAAAAAAAAAUAAAGGAGAAGCACCCCCCCUUCCAAAACUGCAAACUUCUGCCCCGCGCGGCAUGAGAGACGCGGCGCGCGCGGGCGGCCAAGCAGCGGCUCGAGAACUUGGAGCGGAGCUUGAAAAAGAACAACAAAAACAAGGAGAAGAAGAGCGACAACAAACCCGGUGAAGCGGCAGCAGCAGCGGCGAGCUAGACGUCUAUAUGCAUUCGAUUCUCUCGCGAGCUCGCGCCGCCACCAUCGUAGUCGCCAGAAAGAGGAGGACGGACGCGGUUCGGGACUCUAUGAAAGAGAGCGGAGUGCGCGCGAGAGAGUAACGGGGAGGAGGGGGAAAGGAAGGAGGGGAGAAAUAGAGGAAGAAAAACAGGAGAGGAAGAAGAAGGAGAAAAAGAAAGGACAAGAAAGACAGGAAAGUGAGAAGCCCCCGUGCUUCUUUCUGGGAUCGGCUAUGGCGUACCCUCAGGGCUACUUGUACCAGCCGUCCGCUUCCUUGGCGCUCUACUCGUGCCCUGCGUACAGCACGAGCGUGAUCUCGGGGCCGCGCACGGAGGAGCUCGGCCGCUCUUCGUCGGGCUCCGCGUUCGCGCCCUACGCCGCAGGCUCCACGGCGUUCAGCGGCGCCUCGCCCGCGUACAGUUCACACCUCCCGUACGGCGCGGACGCUGCCGCCGCCGCCACCUUCACCUCGUACGUGAGCUCUCCGUAUGACCACACGUCGGGCAUGGCAGGUUCCAUCGGCUACCACCCAUACGCGGCGCCGCUGGGUUCGUACCCAUACGGGGACCCGGCUUACCGGAAAAACGCCACGCGCGACGCCACGGCCACGUUGAAGGCCUGGCUGAACGAGCACCGGAAGAACCCGUACCCUACUAAGGGCGAGAAGAUCAUGCUGGCCAUCAUCACAAAAAUGACCCUCACCCAAGUGUCCACCUGGUUCGCUAACGCCAGGAGGAGGCUGAAGAAGGAGAACAAGAUGACCUGGACGCCGAGGAACCGCAGCGAGGACGAGGAAGAAGAGGAGAACAUCGACCUGGAGAAGAACGACGAUGACGAUCCAAACAAGCCCGUGGACAAGGGGGACACGGACACGGAGACAGACCCGAAGCUGCUCCACCCAGGCGAGGCCCCGUGUGACCGGUUCAAGGCGGACACCCCCGGGAAAGAAGUGGAGCCGCUGCUCACGGACUCGGAGCUGAAGGAGGUGGACGCGCGCACGGAGCUGCUUGGCGAUCCCACACGCGCCACUACGUCGUCGCCAUCGCUCGCGGCGGCCCGCGACAAGGCGCCUGAGGCCGCGGGAGUGGCGGUUGCUCGCGGUGCGAGCGUGCUCGGUGGCGGCGGCGGCCAGGUGACCUCCGUAAUCCAUCCUCCUUCUCUUCCUCUUCCCCCUCCUCCUUCUUCUGGUGGUCCCCCAGCUGUUCCCCCUGCCCCGUCCGUGCCCAAACCCAAACUGUGGUCGCUGGCUGAAAUCGCCACCUCGUCGGACAGGUGCAGAGCGAGCGGGGACGCGCCGCAGGCCGUGAGCCAGGCGCCCGGAAACCCGUCGCCCACGCGGACGUCGCCGCAGUGCGCGCCCUUGGCAGGCGGCGCCGUGCUCUCGCGCCCUCUCUACUACACCACGGCCCCGUUUUACGCGGGCUACACGAACUACGGCACUUUCGGACACCUGCACGGACACAGCCACGGACACGGCACGGGCGCGGGAGCGGGCACGGGCGCGAGCUCGGCAGCGGCGGCGGCGGCGGCGGUGGCGGCAGCCGCGCACUUCAAUGGAAUAAACCAGAGCGCGCUGAACCGGGCUGAGGCUCUAGCGCGAGACAGCAAGGGCAGAGGGCAAACGCAGCUAGAUCUGUGUAAAGACUCCCCUUAUGAACUCAAGAAAGGUAUGUCCAACAUUUAAUACGGAAAUUCAGCCUCCACUCUGAUCUCACGGACUAUUAUUUAUUAUUUGUGGUUGCAUAAUUAAAAAAAGGAAAAAAAAAAGACAAGAUGAAAGAAGAAGAAGAAGAAAAAGAUGAUAUGAUAAUACUGCUAAAGGAAUUUCCCAGGACAGUUAUUUUCUGAGUAAAAU